AUGGCUGGCUCUGGGUUCAAGGCUCUCUGCUUCGGGUACCCCCUCCUCUUCCUCCUCUUCCUUUUGGGAGUCUGCGAGGAAUCUGCGGAGAUAUGGGGUGCAGGCGAGGCAAAAGGAGAUGGAAGGCAAAAGGAGAAAGAAAGGAUUGAAGUCCUGAAGGAGGUCUUGGAAAAGCUGAGGAAUGGCCUGCUGCUGACCAUUGGGAAAAAAUUCAGCUGGGUGCCCUCGUGCGAUGCCGGGGAGCCGUGUGCCGUACGGAAGGGUGCCCGCUUUGGCCGGCUCUGCAACUGCCCGCGAGGGACGUCCUGCAGCGUCUACAUCCUCAAGUGCUUGUGA